AUGGAACAAGAAGACAAACAGGGUGUGUGUGAAGCCCAGGACUCACAAGACAAGGGCAUGGGCUCUGAUUCUGAGAACUGUGAAGACAGGGAAGGGGACCCAGAUGAAAGAGGAAUGGGCUCCAACCCACAGGACGAAGCUCCAAGAGGACACUCAGAGGAGAGGGAGCUCAUGCCGAAUAUCUGCACAGAGGGGCUGCUGAGCGAGGAAGACGGGGUUGCAGGCCGUGAGGAAGAGGAUGACCAAUCUGGCGUAGCUGAGAUGGCCAUGUUCCCAGGGCUGUCUGAGUCCGACAGCAUUUCCCGGAGUCCCCAGGAAGAAGAGGAAGAGGAGAGCGCUGGGGAGAACCGGCUAGAGGAGGAAGAGGAGCAGCCGCCCCCUGCCGUGCUUCCCUGGAGGCGGCACCUCUCCCUGGGGAGUCGGCACCGGGGCGACAAGCCUGCCCACCGCCGCUUCCGCCGCCUCCACCACCCCAUGUCCAUGGACCUCGGGGAGCUCGACAGCCUGAUGGCCAGCAUCAUGGACGCGCCCACCAUCUGCCCCGACUGCGGGGAGAGCUUCAGCCCUGGCGCCGCCUUCCUGCAGCACCAGCGCAUCCACCGCCUGGCCGAGGCCGCCGCGGCCGCCAGCCUGGAGCCCUUCGGCUUCGCUGGCGAGUGCGAAGCGGUGGUGGGGAUGAUGGGCGUGGGCGGGGGCUUCGGGGCAGGGCCCGCGCUGGCCCGGCCCCCGCGCGAGAAGCCCUUCCGCUGCGGGGAGUGCGGCAAGGGCUUCAGCCGCAACACCUACCUGACCAACCACCUGCGGCUGCACACAGGCGAGCGCCCCAACCUGUGCGCCGACUGCGGCAAGAGCUUCAGCUGGCGCGCCGACCUGCUCAAACACCGGCGGUUGCACACGGGCGAGAAGCCCUACCCGUGCCCCGAGUGCGGCGAGGCCUUCAGCCUCAGCUCGCACCUGCUGAGCCACCGGCGCGCGCACGCCGCGGCUAGUGGCGCGGGGCCGGCGGCGCUGCGGCCCUUCGCCUGCGGGGAGUGCGGCAAGGGCUUCGUGCGCCGCUCGCACCUGGCCAACCACCAGCGCAUCCACACGGGCGAGAAGCCCCAUGGCUGCGGCGAGUGCGGCAAGCGCUUCAGCUGGCGCUCGGACCUGGUGAAGCACCAGCGCGUGCACACGGGCGAGAAGCCCUACAUGUGUUCCGAGUGCGGGGAGACCUUCAGCGUCAGCUCGCACCUCUUCACGCACAAGCGCACGCACUCGGGCGAGCGGCCCUACGUGUGCCGCGAGUGCGGCAAGGGCUUCGGGCGCAACUCGCACCUGGUGAACCACCUGCGAGUGCACACCGGCGAGAAGCCCUUCCGCUGCGGCCAGUGCGAGAAGCGCUUCAGCGACUUCUCCACGCUCACGCAGCACCAGCGCACGCACACGGGCGAGAAGCCCUACACGUGCAUCGAGUGCGGCAAGAGCUUCAUCCAGAGCUCGCACCUUAUCCGCCACCGCCGCAUCCACACAGGCAACAAGCCACACAAGUGCGCGGGCUGUGGCAAGGGCUUCCGCUACAAGACGCACCUGGCGCAGCAUCAGAAGCUGCACCUGUGUUAG